AUGACGAAACUAUACAGAAAGGAAACAGCUACGAACAGUUUGCUUCACUAUGCAUCUUUCCAUCCAGAACAUACACGACGAGGGAUUCCAGUGGGGCAGUUUUUGAGGGUGAAGCGCAAUUGCACGGAAAACCCAGAUUUCAAGAUGGAAGCCUCAAACUUGACUUCCAGAUUCCGUGAACGAGGCUACCCGAAAAAGGUGAUUUCCAAGGCAUAUCAGAGGGCCAAUAGCUCUGACCGCCAGAUGUUACUUAAAACCAACAGAAAAGACAAGAAAAGAAAGGAUGAUUCCCUGAGGUUUGUGACGACGUUCAAUAACCAAUGGUCAGGUUUGAGGAAAAUUCUGCAGGACAACUGGAGCAUACUACAGUCGGACAAUAGGAUUCGUGGGAUUAUUCCCAAGUCACCUCUGGUGGUAGCGAAGAGAGCUCCUAACCUAAAAGAUAUACUCACAAAGAGUCAUUUCCAGAGACCGACAAGAAGCCUGGGGAGAGGAAGAAAACUGAAGGGUUCCUUCCCAUGUGGAAGUUGUAGUGUGUGUCAACAUAUGACACCCACGGAGAAGUUCGUCAAUCGGACUAACGGACAAGACUUUCCCCUGAGAGAUUACAUCAACUGCAAGACCACCCAGGGCAUUUUUUGAAGUAUCAUGCAGGAAAAUCUAUUGGGCUACGAGUGGUUGGCCUUGAAAAAAUAACUACUAACAUUAGGGGUGGUCCAGUGACAAGGAAGCUCCUACAGGCGGAGUCAAAGUGGAUCUAUGACUUGGGGACAGAGACACCACGAGGUCUCAAUGAAGAACUCCUGUUUACAGGCUUCUUGGGAUUACCUGUUCAUAUAACAUCCAUAUAUUGAGGCAGAUAAAGAUUGGAGAGUGUGAAAUAACUGGAGUGAUGAGGACAUCUAAAUGCUA